AUGACGGACAAUAUUUUCAAGGUUGGUCAAUACUUACUCUUUCCAAAUCGUUCAAACUCUCGUCAUAAUGGCGGCGAUACUGAUACUUCUAUUCGUGCUAUCGAUGCCCAUCUUGGUGUGGAAUAUAAUUGUAAAAUAUUAUCGAUUGAACAAUUUCAUCAGUACAUGAUACUCCUUGAUCAGUUACCUGCUCAUCCGAGUAUCAAUCGCAUUGUACAAGUUGUACUUGGUAGAAGAUACGCUUAUCUCUUUUAUGAUCGCCAUUGCGACGAUCUUUAUUCCUAUAUUCGCAAAAAUGGUUGUAUUAACGAAGAGGAUUGCCUUUCUAUCUUUCGUCAAAUUGUUCAAGUUGUUGCUCAUUGCCAUAAACAUGGCAUUAUAUUGAACGAUUUAAAGCUACGAAAAUUCCUUUUUAUGGAUACUAAUAGGGAUACUAUCGUCAUCGAUGGUUUAGAAGAUGGUUGUAUACUUGUUGACCCAAACGAUAAGCCAUCAAUCAAACAUCGAUGCCCAGCUUAUGUCGCACCGGAAAUGCUGCAACCUGGAGGCUAUUAUUCUAGUAAAAGUGCUGAUAUUUGGAGUUUAGGCGUCAUGUUUUACACAAUGGUUGUUGGUAAAUAUCCCUUCCAAGAUACCGAUCCGAAUAAGCUAUUUGAAAAAAUUCGUAACUGCACUUAUGAUUUACCAGAUACUAUCUCCGCGAAAUCGAAAUGUUUGAUUAAAGCUUUGCUACGGCUCCAGCCUGAGCAACGAUUAACAGCAGAAGCUAUCUUACAACAUCCAUGGUUGUAUGCUAAGAGCUUUACAUUUUACACACCCAUAAAUCUCAUUGACAGGAAAGGAUCUGAUCAAACAGUUCCUGAUUCAUUAAUGAGUGACGAUGAUAAUACUUUGUAUCAUCCAUAG